CUUCCAGGGCUUCUGCAAGGUUGGAGUGUGUGGGGAGGUUGCAUUCCUGUCUCCCUUACACUUUGUUCCUCAACGGUCAGAGCCAUCUUUGUGAAAUGUAAAUCAAACCAGGUGAUUCUCCUUCAAUCUAUUCUCAUUUCAGCCUUUCAAGGAUCCACUGGAAACUGUCAGAUCAUGUCACACCUCUGCUCAAAACCUUCUGAAAUCUCCCAGACCCCUGGCGCUCCAAGUAAAAUGCAAAGUCCUGCUACUGCCCUGCCACAGGGCCUUGGGAAUGCCUUGUCAGACCUCUCUUCCUGCCACUUUCCUCAUUCUGCUUCCUUACCCUGGCUUUCUUGCUGUUCCUCCAAAACGCUCCCACCCCAAAGUCUUUGUAUUGGGUGCUUCUUUAACCUAGAAUGGUCUCCGUCAGUUCCUGAUACGGUUUGGCUGUGUCCCCACCCAAAUUUAAUGCUGAAUUGUAGUUCCCAUAACCCCCACAUGUUAUAAGAGUGACCAGGUGGAGAGUUGAAUGUUGGGGGCGGUUUUCCCCAUCCUGUUCUCGUAAUAGUGAAAUGGGAGAGUUCCCUGGCCCCCUGCCACAUGAUGUGCAACAGGGGUGUGACUCUCUGUUCUGCCACUGCAAGCUCAAACCCUUUAAGGGAGGGGGAGCAUGCAAACAGGCAGGAGCAGGAACUGGGGCAAGUGGUUUUGGGCUCUGGUCCCAUGGCAGCAUCAAGGGUUGAGUGUCUGUAACUUCCAAAGUGCAAGUGUGCGUGUGUUACAGUGUGUUCUUUUAGCCUUGCCAUCUGCGCAUGGCUUAAGGGUUAACCAGCUCAGUGAACCCUCUGCCUCUUUGCAGAAGAAGGGGGCUAGUGUGACAUCUUUCUGUAUCCCAAGCUCUCACCCAGCGUCCCAGAAGAAUUGGGUCACACAGGAAGGAUGCAUGCAGGGGUUUUUGAGUGGAGCUCAAGGUGGCUCUGUGGCCAGGGCAAUUUUGGAGAGCAAAAAAUUUGCCGUGAGAGCAGUGACCAGAGAUGUGACUAAGCCAAAUGCCCGGGCGCUCCGGGACCUUGGAGCUGAGGUGGUAAAAGGUGACCUGGAUGAUAAAGCAUCCGUGGAUGAUGCCUUAAAAGGUGCCUAUGGGGCCUUCUUGGUGACCAACUUCUGGGAAACUUUCAACAAAGAUAAGGAAGUACAACAGGGUAAGCUGGUGGCAGACACCGCCAAACGCCUAGGUCUGAAGCACGUGGUGUACAGCGGCCUGGAGAACGUCAAGCGGCUGACCGGUGGCAAGCUGGAGGUGCCACACUUCGAUGGCAAGGGCGAGGUGGAGGAGUACUUCUGGUCUCUCGGCAUCCCCAUGACCAGUGUCCGCGUGGCGGCCUACUUUGAAAACUUUCUCACGGCGUGGAAGCCCGAGAAAGCCUCUGAUGGAGAUCACUACACCCUGGCACUACCAAUGGGGGAUGUACCGAUGGACGGUAUCUCUGUUACUGAUGUUGGACCAGCCGUCUCUAGCGUUUUUAAUUCUCCAGAGGAAUUUUUAGGCAAGGCUGUGGGCCUCAGUGCAGAAAAACUAACAAUACAGCAAUACGCUGAUGUUCUGUCCAAGGUUUUGGGGAAAGAAGUCCGAGACGCAAAGAUUACCCCGGAAGCUUAUGAGAAGCUGGGAUUCCUUUCAGCAAAAGAAGUAGCCAAUAUGUGUCGUUUCUAUCAGAUGAAGCCCGACCGAGAUGUCAAGCUCACCCACCGACUAAAUCCCAAAGUCAAAAGCUUCAGCCAGUUUAUGUCAGAGAACCAGGGCGCCUUCAAAGACCUGUAGCAAAGCAGCUGUUCAGAUAGGCCUCGGAACCAACCACACAGCCUCCUUCCUCUCUGACCCUUUUCCGCUUCACAGCACAUUCACAGCGACAGAACAUGUUGGAAUGCACUUGUUUAUAACACCAAAGGAUUUCCUGCAGUCCUCUCUUCAGUAGGAAGCACAGCAUUGGUGAUGGGACACAAUACUUUGAUUCACAUUUAACUUGCUAGUUAGUGAUCAGGGUGGUACGCCUGUUUGGUAAAAUGAGAAGCCUCAAGUUUAAAUAACUUUCUGUAGCUCUCUCUCUCCCAAAGAGCCAAGUGCCCUCAAAGGACUCUGGCCUGAGGAACUUGGAGCUUCUCUC